AUGGAGUACCACCACCGCCAUAUGGAGCAGACCAGCGUGGUCCAUGCGCAGACGCAGCCCCCCCAGUGGGGCUACGGGUGGGGCCCGCCGGCCCCGGGGCCCGCUCCUCCGGCCCCAGCUCAAAGAAAUAAGCGGACCCACUCCGAAAGCGAAGACGAUGCCUUCUCUGAAGAGAGCAGUAAAGAUGCUACGGCACCCUCCAGGUCUCCAGGAGGCGACUCGUGCCAGCUGAUGACGCGGAAGCGGCGGCGCGGCGUCAUCGAGAAGAAGCGGCGAGACCGCAUCAACACCUCGCUGACGGAGCUGAAGCGGUUGGUACCGGCCGCUUGCGAGAAGCAGGGCAGCGCCAAGCUGGAGAAGGCAGAGAUACUCCAGCUGACGGUCGAUCAUCUGAAGAUGCUGCAUGCUAAAGGACUCGACACGUUCGCGUACGAUCCGCAACGGUACGCGAUGGACUACCACAGCAUCGGGUUUCGGGAGUGCGCGGCGGAGGUCGCGAGGUACCUGGUGAGCUGCGAAGGCCUCGACAUUCAGGAUCCUUUAAGGCUACGGCUGAUGAGCCAUUUGCAAUGCUUCGCGGCGCAGCGGGAGUUGGCAGCGAAGUCGGCGAAUUGGGGCUACCCUCAGUACCCUGCCACGCCGGUGCCUCCUCAGCCUCAGCAUUCUGGAUACACAGAUUUAGGGCACAGACAAGACACAGCUGUGACGACGGCGAGCUCGACGAUCGCAGCGCCCACAGCUAUUGCGGCCCCGCUUUCGGCAGCCCCCAACUAUCCUCACUACCCGCCGGGGCCACCAGCGCCACCAGGCCCCCCUGGCCCCCACCCAGCCCCUCCAGCCCCUCACUACCCCACUCCCUACCCUCACCACCCCCCACACCACCAGUAUUCACAGAACAGUUCCAAGCCUUACAGGCCUUGGGGUGCUGAACUAGCGUACUAA